CAUUUUCCACGCCCACUCUUACGCGACGCAAGCGUUGAAGCUCCCUGUUUGUUUUGCCCAUCACUGUCGGAUGGACGUCACCGGAGAGGAAGAACUGGGGCCGAUACGGCUCAAAUCGCUGAAGAACAAAGUUUUCACAGUGCCCAAAAAUGAUAGAUUUGGGAUGUGCAGAAGUGUUCGAGGCUUUGAAAAGCUCAACCGAAUAGGGGAAGGAACCUAUGGCAUUGUUUACCGUGCUCGUGACACCAAAUCUGAUGAAAUUGUAGCACUGAAGAAGGUUCGAAUGGAUAAAGAAAAAGAUGGGAUUCCUAUCAGCAGCCUCAGAGAGAUCACACUGUUGCUGAGGCUCCGACAUCCCAACAUAGUGGAGCUAAAGGAGGUUGUUGUGGGCAGCCAUCUUGAAAGUCUGUUCCUUGUGAUGAGCUACUGCGAGCAGGACCUGGCCAGUCUUCUGGAAAACAUUCAGACACCAUUCUCUGAAGCGCAGGUGAAAUGUAUUAUACUGCAAUUGCUGAGAGGCCUGCGCUAUCUCCACCACAAUUUUAUCAUUCACAGGGACCUAAAGGUGUCUAAUCUGCUCAUGACAGACAAAGGAUGUGUUAAAAUAGCUGAUUUUGGAUUGGCUCGCAGGUAUGGUGUCCCCCAACAACCCAUGACGCCCAGGGUGGUUACACUGUGGUAUAGAGCUCCAGAGCUCCUCCUUGGAAGUAAAACCCAGACCACAGCUCUAGAUAUGUGGGCUGUAGGUUGUAUCCUGGCUGAGUUGCUGGCACACAAACCUCUUCUACCCGGAACAUCGGAAAUCCAACAGCUUGAUUUGAUAGUUCAGUUAUUGGGGACGCCAAAUGAAACCAUCUGGCCGGGGUUUUCUGAUCUGCCUCUCAUUGGGCAGUAUAGUCUGAGGAAGCAGCCUUACAAUAACCUCAAGAAUAAAUUCACUUGGUUGUCUGAAGCUGGACACAGGUUGCUCAACCUGCUCUUCAUGUACAAUCCACAGCGCAGAGCUUCUGCCAAAGAUUGUUUGGAGAGUUCCUACUUCAAGGAGAAACCGCUACCUUGUGAGCCCGACCUGAUGCCGACCUUCCCUCACCAUCGCAACAAACGUGCUGCUUCUCAGGCGGAGAGCCACUCAAAACGCAGCAAAGUGUAACCAAGAUCGAGACCUGAAACAAGCGGCAUGCCAGCAGUCUUUUUCCACAUGCGUGUUUUGUUCACAUUGCUGCGUAGAAUACCCACACAAACGUUUUGCCUUCAAUAAAAAUGAAGCGCGGAUGUUCUGCUCACUGCC